ACGGGCUCCCGGUGCUCUUACAGGCAUUUAGAACUCUUACAUUUUUAAAAGUUGAAAAUGUUGUUGUUACUAAAUCCUUCCAUUUUAAAUGACUAUGCCACAGACUGAAAAAGUAAAACGCCCCUAAUAUAAAUAUUUCAGACAGGCAUUCAAAGUAAAAUCUUUUAUUUCACUGACAAGUCCUUUGUAGGGCGGGACUCUUUUUGUCGCUACUUCCCAUUUUCGCUUCACUCUCACGCCACUAAACUGGCGUUCAACGCCGGAAUUGUCCUGGGUGAGUGGGAGUGGAGAAGUAAUAGCCUCGCACAGUGAAGAGCUUUUUCCUCAAAGCGUCGGGGAUUUUCCUAAAUCUUCCGAAAACGAUGACUUUUAUUUAUUGUCCUGCUUAGGAGCGGUGAAAAGGAGUGAAAAUGAAAAUGUCUAGGUCAAACUAUGAAAUGUGGAAAGGAUUCCUUGUACUGCUCUCUGCAUUUAUUACUGCUUGUUCCAAUACCUCUCAACUAGGUAUUAUUGGAGAAGAUGUGAUGUUGCCUUGUAACUGUGAAAUGGAAGAAAACAUUGAGUAUCUCGUUUGGCAAAUUGGUGAACAUAGAGUAGUGGAUGCGUUUAUCAAAGGCAAAAGAAACCAGGAUGAACAAGAUGAAGAAUUCAGGAAUAGGACAAAGUUGUUCUUUAAAGAGAAAAAAGGGAACUGCUCUCUUCAGAUGUCACUUGUCUCCAUAGCAGAUGAACAUAUAUAUACAUGCAUCUAUGAAACAUCUAGUGUAAACCAAGUUCAUGUGUCUUUGCAGGUAGCUGCAAACUAUAGUAGGCCUGAUCUUCAGCUUCUAAGCGAGCCUAAAAUAGAAGGUGUGGCAAAAACCUACACCUGCACAACCAAAGGAGGAUAUCCUAUGGGAAAGAUUCAUUGGCUCUUAAAUAAUCAAGCUCUUAAUGUGACAAUGGAUGCCAGGCAUGAUACUGAUCUGAGGGACAAUAUCACUGGCUGUUACAACCUCUCAAGCUCACUGACUUUAAAACUCUUCAAGAGUGAUGUUCUCUCUUGCUCUGUGGAGAACCCUAGGUUACAGGUUAACCUCACAUCUUCUAUUUCCUCACCAUUUUGGAACCCCCCUCCAGAAAUUAAAAGCAUCACAAUAUCAACAGCUGUUGGCUGUAUUGGUGUGGCCCUGUUUGUGGUAGGAAUAUGGCUACUGAUAAAAUUACAGAAACAUCCGGGACCUGAACUGUGUCAGGUUGAUCAGAAAGGAGGAGUGCGGAGGGAACACUUUGCCUAUAGCAGUAAGGGUCUACAGUGCACUUACAUGCUACUGACCCAUGUGUAG